CGCUUCGAUGGACAGACUCACAGCUGGAGCGUCACCGUGCGCUCCUCGUUCGGAACGGACUAAAUAAAGUGUCAUGCGGACUUAAAAUCCUCCGAAGUUUCUGCAUUUCUAAUUAAAGAAAAUAGACUUACUCUCUGAUUAACAAACCCGCGCUACUUUACCUGGAAAUUGAUGCGUGCGCACUUUGUCUGAAAUACUUUGGACGUUUUGGAGAAACCGACGCGCAAAAAUCCGGAUUCUUUUGUUAUUAAAACAAACAGAAGAUGCAGAAAUAGACAGGAGGAUCCAGCCAAAGCAGAACAAAGAGGAACACCCUUUUUUAAAAUUUAAUGAUCUUCAAAUGAGUGGGAACCAAAUCCUCUGAACUUUUUUCCAUCCCAUUCCAGAUAUUUAUGGAGACAUCCACAUAAAGUGAUCCCUUGAUAUUUUAUUUGGGCUUUAUUUUGCGUUGUAAAAAGACACACAUUGUACCUUAAUGAACAAAAUUGAAAUAUUACUUCCACUUUACUUAAAUUUGGUACUAAUCGUCCUCAUGUUAGUAUUUAAAUCUGUUUGAUGCCCAAAUUCAAAACAACAGGACAUCAAGACAAAAAGAAAAACAUGAUGUUUGUGUGUUUCUUUGAACCCGAGCCAUGUCCUGGAUAUUUUUCUAAAAAUACUUUUUUUUGAGACUCUUGGACAUAUUUAGUUUAAAUGCUGUUCAGUGUUCAAACUAUAGUUUUUUUUGCUCCUGGAUUUUCACCUCCAGUUGUUUCCUUCCUGGCAUUCUGCCAUUUUGAUUUUUUGCUCAUACUUGACCAGGCAAUACACUGAUCCCCCCUCCGCUCCUCUUCUUCUUCCUCACCUUUUCUUUUCAAACUGGUCCUCAGAAAGGCUUCAUCCUGGCCGGCACUAUUCCAGCUAAGGUGGAAGAGGACUUCCUCACGUCGGCCGCUUCCCGGCUCAGCCGAAGGAAACGCGUUAUAGUUGCGGCUGUAGGUGUGGCCAUGGUUCUGAUUCUGUUGGUGGCUAUUCCCCUGCUGGUUCACACAACCAAAGGGGCUCCAACUGGAAGUGCAGGGAGCCAUUAUGAGAUGCUUGGGAGUUGCAGGAUGGUGUGUGAUCCUUACACCACUUCACAGCCGGGCCAAGAGCUCACGGCUGUGUCUCCACCUCCCCAGGAUUACACAGGAAAGAAGAUAAAGCCCGGACUUCGGGGGCCUCCGGGGAUGCCUGGUCCUCAAGGAGAGCGUGGACCUCCUGGAGAGCCAGGCAAGCCAGGGCCACAGGGGCUACCUGGUCCAGGCCCCAGCGGCUAUUCUCCAGCAAUCUACACUCCAAAAAUUGCAUUUUAUGCAGGGCUGCGCAAGCAGCAUGAGGGCAAUGAAAUACUGAAAUUUGAUGAUGUGGUGACCAAUGUGGGUAACUACUACGAGCCCAGCACUGGAAAGUUCACCUGCCCGCUGCCUGGCAUCUAUUUUUUCACCUACCAUGUUCUAAUGAGAGGUGGCGAUGGGACAAGCAUGUGGGCAGACCUGAGGAAGAAUGGACUGGUGAGAGCGAGCGCCAUCGCUCAGGAUGCUGAUCAGAAUUACGACUACGCCUCCAACAGCGUGAUCCUGCAUUUGGACGUUGGUGAUGAGGUGUGCGUGCAGCUGGAUGGAGGGAAGGUCCACGGAGGAAACCAGAACAAAUACAGCACCUUCUCUGGAUUCCUCGUCUACCCAGACUGAUUUUACCUCACACACCUCUUAAACACACAUGAGAGAGGAGUGGGGGGAAGCAACAUACAAACAGACAUGUGUACAGUAUGCAAAUUAAAGUGGACACACAUGCAUGCCAAACAAACACACACAUACCUGCAGAGAUAUUGUGAAAUUAGAGUCGACUUCAAGAGGAGGGAACUAAAAAUGACAAAUUAGCUGUAACUGUUAUUAUUGGUACUCUUAUUGUGCAAACGUGCCAGAAUAUGUAGUCUGCAGUAUGGAUGCAAAUACCUAAUCCACACUGAGAGGCUCUGAAAUAUCUAAAGCAACAUAUUCUACAUUCACUGACAUUGUUAGACCAACAAAAAUAUUCCAAAAACCAUCAAUUUGACUGUUUUACGGGAAUGGGCUUCCAUACCAAAUUAAUCCAAUAAAAUAAAUGAUUUUAUCUUCAUCCUCAAACUAAAGAUGAAGUUUAGGGAACACUCAUAGUGUGUUUUACAUUUAGAUCAUGUGUGUAAUGAAGUCUUAAAAGCCAAAUACAUUACUGACAAAGCUGUGCAAGUGUGAAUGAUAACAGCCGAGUAAACGCAACAGGUUGUGUUGGACUUUUUCCAGUGUUGUAUAUAAUAUCUUUUCUCCUGCCAUGCCAGCUUUAUUUUUGAGACGGAUCCUGUUAAAGUACCAUUAAAUGUAAACUAAUUGCUAAAUGAAAAAGGUUGAGUGACCAAUCACUAUUAAAACAUCCAUUCCAGA